AUGGAAACCAAAGAGCUUGAAAAAUCCUUCCAGGCAUUGAAUAUUCCCAAGACACAUGCUACAGUGGGAAUUUCCAAUUUAAUUGCCUCCAACAAACAGUUUCGGUCGCUCUUUGUCAAUCGACGAUUGCCCAAUGCAGGAUUUUCGGACGUCCAAAUUCAAAAUCUCUUGUUUUUGUUUUCCAUUUUGGAUACCAACAACAAAACCAUGGCGACUGGGGGCGACGGUGAUGGCGAGGAGAGUCGAUGGUGCGGAGUGGGCGAACGCGAAGGUCGGGUCUAUUCCUCCUUGGUGGCCCAACGGCAUUUUGGAUUGAGUCAUGGAAUGGGACGAAGUGGAGACAUUACCGAACCACAACCCAAGGCGGCUGGAUCCAGUGCGUUGGUCAAGCUCACGCUACUGUUGGCCUUGGAUGCGAUUCGACGAGGCAGCGGUUUGAAUGCCAAGGGGCCUGCGGCGAGCGGAAUAUUGCUGCCCUUGUGCACUGGAAUGAGCAUGUCCCUAUUGUUGAGUAGCUUGAAAAGUUCCGAAGGCAGCGAUUCCAACAAAACUAUUGUCUUGUGGAGCAGGAUCGAUCAAAAGAGUUGUUUCAAGGCCAUUUCAAGUGCUGGCUUGGAAUGUGUCGUGGUGCCCACGACCAUUCAGGGCGACGAGGUGGUGACCGAUGUCCAAGCCAUGGAACAGGCUCUUGCUCAGUACGGUGACAAGGUGUUAGCAGUCAUCACCACCACUUCUUGUUUUGCACCGCGUGUCCCAGACUCUGUGGAUGAAAUUGCCAAGCUAUGUGCGAAAACCAAUGUCCACCAUGUCAUUAACAACGCCUAUGGCUUGCAGUGUCCCAAGACGUGCAAACUCAUCAAUCGGGCCUGUGUGGUUGGACGGGUGGAUGCGAUUGUAUGUUCGACCGAUAAGAAUUUCCUGGUUCCAGUGGGAGGAGCCAUCAUUUUGUCACCCCACAAAAAAGUCACUGCUCUGGUUGGAAAGGUGUAUGCUGGAAGGGCUUCGUCAUCGCCCAUUGUGGACCUUUUCAUUACUCUUUUAUCAAUGGGCCUCAAUGGUUACACAAGACUCUUGAAGGAACGCCAAACAAUGUUGGAAACCUUUCCCAAUCGAUUGCAAGCAGUGGCGGAUAAACAUGGAGAACGAAUCCUAUCCUGUCCCGCAAAUACCAUAUCCUUUGGAAUGACGUUGGAUGGGCUUGCCCGAUCCAAACGAGACGACGAGUCGGAAGCCGAUUACCUCGCAUCGGUCGCCAAGGAGAUUUCAAGUUUUGGUGCCAUGCUCUUCAGUCGGUGUGUGAGUGGAACACGGGUAGUUCCACGAGGUGAAGUGAAAAUCAUGGGUGGCCACGAUUUUGUAGGAUUUGGAAGUUCGACGGCCAACUUUGGGCAUGCCUACAUGACUGCCGCCUGUGCGAUUGGUGUUAGUACACAGGAACUGGAUGAGUUCUUUGUUCGAUUGGACAAGACGCUUACAGAAUUCCAUACAAAGAAGAACAAGGCAUCCGCCAAAUAA